GAGCAUACUAGUAUAUGUCGACUGGUAUUGAGUCUGGCGAUGACAGUGACCACAUCAAAAGGGGACGUUAUUCUCUUUGCACUAUCUGUCAUUGGUUUAAUAUGGUACGUUGUCUUGUGGUCAAUAGGUAUUCUAGGAUGCAGGACUGCUCGCAGAAGGUAUCUUCGGCCAUGGUCUCCCUUGGCACCCGUCCCUGCCUCAUCCGCGCCAGGUGUUUCCAUCUUAAGACCUCUCAAAGGCUUAGAUACCAAUCUGUAUGAAAAUCUUGAAUCAACUUUCGUACAAGAAUAUCCCAAUUUCGAGAUCUUGCUGUCUGUAGCGUAUGAACACGACCAAGCACUUUCUGUAGUCCGGGAACUGACAGAAAAAUACCCAGAUGUCGAUGUUAAGGUUGUGAUUGGAGAAGACGUGGUAGGAGUUAACCCUAAAGUUAACAAUCUGAUUCGGUCGUACCGUCAGGCUGCCAAUGAUAUCCUGUGGGUCAUUGAUUCCAAUGUCGCCGUGGAUUCAGGCACGCUAGCGCGAUCUGUCGAUGUAUUAGUUGGACCACCACCCAACUCGCAAUCUUCUCACCGCAAACGCGUUGCUUUGGUGCACCAUGUACCGCUAGCGAAUGCAAAUGAAGCAUGGCUGGGAGCACGAGUGGAAGAGGCUUUCCUCAAUACCAACCACGCAAAGAUGUAUCUGGCUAUUAACACUGUAGCCAUCGAGUCUUGCGUAGUUGGCAAGUCAAAUCUUUAUCGUCGCUCAGACAUUGACAGGGUCAACGGUUUGCUCAAACCAAAGUCUACACCGGAUGGUGCAUCACAGACUGCAGAUUUUGGUCUGGCAGCCUUCGGUCGUUUUCUGGCUGAAGAUAACAUGAUCGCGAGCUCUCUUUGGCAUGAAUUGGGGUUGAGGCAUGACCUCUCAUGUGACGUUGCGCAUAAUGCUGUUGGAAAGAUGACACUCUCCGAUUAUAUUUGGCGGCGGGUACGCUGGAUUCGUGUGCGCAAGCAUAUGGUUUUAGCAGCAACCAUCUUAGAGCCACUCACGGAAAAUUUCGUUGCUAGUUCAAUCGCGGCUUGGAGUCUGUGGUAUUUGACUGGUGUUCCGGCGUGGCUGUUUCUGCCAACGCACCAUAUUAUCUGGCUGUCAGUGGAUAUGGAUGUUUAUGCUUCGCUCGCUGGACAUCCCGUUGUGGCAGAUAAGCGCUUGUCUUUUAUUGGUGCGUGGGCACUCCGUGAAUUAUUGGCUUUUCCUAUAUGGGCGUUGGCUAUAUGUGGCAACGAGGUAGUAUGGAGAGGGGGAAAGUAUCAAGUACUGCGGGCUGGUGAAGUAAAGAAAGCUAAUUAAUGAAAACGAAUUCUUCAUGAGAUGGUUAGAUGUGGGACGUCGAAGGAUUGCCAUGGGCCAUUAGGCACGCGACUCACAACCGUGAUACUGUACAUGGGAUUAGAAUUGCAAAGUAACAAAGCGACAAUAGAAGGAUUUAACAGAACAGCAUAUAAGGCUACAGUAAAGUUGAAUGUAUACAUGACCGAUGAUCUGGAUAUAUCAGGGGCUAUGAACACCGUCACUGCCAGAUGAACUACCAGCUGCUUUAGCUUCGUCCUGACUGUGUUUAGCCAGAAGCCUGAAGUGAUAGAUCAUCACGACUUCCUCGAAGAAAGAGUCAGACCAGUCAUUCACACGGCAAUUGUCCAGCGCUGAUAAGCGCAGACGGAUCUCGCGUCCCUCGCAAAGAAUUUUGCGAAGCGAUGACUCCGCAUUUACAGCCGAGAUAGUUGGCGUGCUGUGUCGUGAUUCUCGAGCAUCUUUCUGCCUCUGGUUUGAGAACCAAUUCUUCACUUGAUGGUAUUCUC